GAAAGGAACAGGGAUCCCAUCCUAAAUGUCUUGAAGCAAAUUAUUUCUCCUGACGGCCUCGUUAAUGUUUUGGAAAUCGCCUCAGGGUGGGGAUAUCAUGUGACAUAUUUUGCGAAAUUCUUUGAUAACGUCAAGUGGCAACCAACAGAUGGAGAUCAGUCUUGUGUUAACAAAAUCAAUCAGAAACUUGCCAGCAGUAAUAAAAACAAUUCAAAUAUUUCCAAACCACUUGCAAUCGAUGCAACUACAAAUCAUUGUGUUUGGUUCAAUGGUAUGUACCAAAGAUGUCAUUUUGAUUGCAUUCUCUGCAUAAAUAUGACUCACAUUUCAAAAUGGCAAGCAACUGAGGGUUUAUUUUCUGGCUCCAAUUAUUAUUUGAAACCAAAUGGAUCCCUUGUUAUAUAUGGUCCGUUUAUUGUUUAUGGAGAUUUCAUUCACAAGAACAACAUCAGUUUCGAUAAGCAGCUCAAAUCCCAAACUCUUGAGUGGGGACUGAGAGAUGUUUCACAGUUGAACAAAGUUGCUGAAGACAAUGGAAUGAAGUUGGAGAAAAUUUUUGAUAUGCCUGCAAACAACAAAACAUUGAUUUAUAGGAAACAU